AUGUUUCGAUGGGCGUGGGCCUUCAACCAGUCUAUUGGCGCAUGGGACACAUCCAAGGUAAGGAACAUGAGCUUCAUGUUUCACGGGGCAAAGGCCUUCAACAAGCCCAUUGGCUCCUGGAACGUUUCCUCCCUGAAGGCCAUGCAGAGAAUGUUCGGUUCCGCCCAUGACUUCAACCAACCGAUUGGCUCUUGGGACACCUCAAGCGUAAGAGAUAUGAGCCACGUGUUUGAAAUUACGUUUGCCUUCAACCAGCCCAUAGGCUGCUGGGACACUUCUGCCGCCACUACGAUGAGGUCUAUGUUCAGGCAGGCCUAUGUCUUCAACCAACCACUUGGAGGGUGGAACACGUCGGCCGUACUUGACAUGAAGUCCAUGUUCUACUGGACGCGUGCUUUCAACCAGCCGAUCGACUCAUGGGACACCUCGGCUGUCAGAGACAUGAGCUCCAUGUUCUACGAAGCCGAAGCCUUCAACCAGCCGAUUGGCUCUUGGGAUACGUCGGCCGUCACUGAUAUGAGCUCCAUGUUCGUCAAGACGCGUGCUUUCAACCAACCGAUAGGCUCCUGGAACACCUCAGGUGUUACUGAUAUGAGCUCCAUGUUUGAGGCGGCCGAAGUGUUCAACCAGCCGCUCGACUCCUGGGACACGUCUGCCGUGAAGUCCAUGCGGCGCAUGUUUAACUGUGAUGACUCCUUUGGGACUGCGUUUCCUGCAUCGAGCGUGUCUGUAAGCUAUGUCUUCAACAUGCCCUUGGGUUCCUGGAACACAGCUGCUGUCACUGAUAUGAACGCAAUGUUUUAUUGUGCGGGUGCCUUUAACCACCCGAUUGCCUCUUGGAACACGUCAGCCGUCAAGGACAUGAGCAAUAUGUUUAGCUAUGCUUAUGCCUUCAACCAACCACUUGGCCUGUGGAACACAUCAGCUGUAACUCGCAUGGCGAGCAUGUUCAAGGCUGCGGAUGCAUUUAACCAGCCAAUCGGCUGCUGGGAUACAUCCUCCGUGCGAGACAUGAGUGGAAUGUUCUAUUACGCCGAUGUCUUCAACCAACCGAUUGGCACCUGGAAUACAUCAGCCGUCACGAACAUGUACCGGAUGCUUGCAGCUACAUCCAAUUUCAACCAGCCACUUGGUGCAUGGGAUACUUCUGCUGUGUCCAACAUGGGCUUCAUGUUCGAAAACGCCCAAGCGUUCGACCAGCCGAUCAACUCCUGGAACACAUCGCGUGUUCGGAGCAUGUGGGGAAUGUUUGAGGACAACGUUGCCUUCAACCAGCCCCUCGGCUUCUGGAACACCUCCGGUGUCACCAACAUGGAUGCCAUGUUCAAGGGCGCCCGGUCCUUCAAUCAGCCGAUUGGCUCUUGGGAUGUGGUCCAAGCCAAAGGUGCAUCCAACCUGGUGAACAACCUCUCGCCUUGCGUCAGGUUGUCUGUGCUCCGGGCAUGGGGCUCCUUGGUGACAAACCCCUCGGCGUGGAAGGGCGCGAAGUGCGGCAGUUGCCCCUGCCCGAGGGACGAGGCCUGUGUGGAUGGUAUGUGUGCCCCUGUGAACAGCGGCUUCGUUGAUCUUGGGCUUGCGCGCUGGGGCAACGGUUCUGGGGAGGUCUGGAGAGGACCUUUGGGAUUCCGCGGCUGCGCCGCGGCAUGUCAGGAGCAAGGUGAAUGUUCGGGCUUUCGGCUGGAAGGGCCGGGCUGCUUCCUGCGCUCUUCCUCGGACCCGUUCGAGAAAGAUGGAGAAGGUGAGGAGUGGGCCUUCCAGAAGCACACCUGCGCGACCUUCACCUGUCCGCCCGGCAGCAGGCAUGUCCCAUCCGGCAUCACGUCCGUGAGUGAGGACUUGGCGGCCGCUCCGGUGCUGAAGUGCCAGGCCUGCCCCGCAGGAAGGGCCCCCGCUGGAAACGGGAGCGCCUGCGACGUGUGCGCCCUGGGCCACUACGCAUGGAGAGCAGCCCCGAGCUGCGCCCCGUGCGGGCCCGGCACAAUCCCGACCUCCAGCCGUGUUGCCUGCACAUCCUGCCCGGUUGGCAAGUUCUCACCUGGCGCUGUGGACGUAUGCCAGGAGUGCUCCUUCCCUUUCGUGAUCCUUGCCGACUACGACUGCAUCUGGUGGCACCUGCCGCUGCUGGCAGUGGGUCUUGCAGCCAUCUUCUUGGCCGGCCGGUUUCUCGCCAAUGCAGCCGCGAAGCGACGCCUUCGCAAGAAACAGAGGUGGGAGGCGGCCGUGGCCAAAUUGUGCGACUCCUUUCGGGGGGAGCUGUGGGAUGAAACGCCUUCUCUCGUCAGCAACUUCACUUCGGCCAUGGGUAGUCUGGGCAUCGGCUGCGAGGAGGUCGCUGCCAGGAUCGCCGAGAUGCGAGCAGAGCAGAGUGCCAGCGCGGGCGUGAGCAUGCGCUACCUGCUCUCGCGGGAGUUCCAGGAGCUUGCUCGUGAGCGGACGUCCUUGGAUGAUCCAAGCUUCGAGCAGAUGAAAACACCUUUCUGGUUGACGCAGCUGAGGUUCGGCCCAGACCCUAUCGGAGUUGACGUCCUAUGCCCGCGUGAUGGAAGACCCGGAUGCGCGUUGGUGGACUGGAUCCCCCGGGCAGAUCGCCGACAGCAGACGCAUUUCAUGUCCUGGGUUUGGCGAUACCGGAUCAGCCAAGUGCGCAGCGCGUUGCAGGUCUGGCAAGCUCACGCGUCCAUCGUUCCCCACGAGGUGUUCUUCUUCAUGUGCUUCUUCGUGAACAAUCAACAUAGGAUCCUGGUUGGGCAGACGCAGUGCGGCAGCGACGACUUAGGGGAGGUCUUUCGGACUAACCUCCUCCGCUGUGGCCAGAUGGUGGCGAUCCUCGACACGUGGCAGGACGAUCUACGAGCAGUACGUGGCCUCCUCUCUACACAUCCCGACAACAUUCCUCAUGCCGGAAACUUCAACAGCCUCGUUGCCAGGCUGCGCGCAGAGAUUUACACGGGCACCGCGGGCAUCAGUCGCAUCACGCAGGCGGUCAGCCGCGUGAACUCGGCACAGGCGAAAGCUACCAAGACCGAAGAUGAGAUCAACGUGAAACGGGAGAUUCGUCAGACCGUGGGCUUCAGUCGAUUGGAGCAUUGGCAGCAUGUUGCUUCCCCUGAGUCAGACGGACAGAAGGUGGACAAGCACGUGACGGAGGCAAUGGUCCAGUGGAUUGGUGAUGUGACGGAGAACCAGUUUCAGCAGCUGAUAGAGACCGCCCGCCUCAAUCCGGCGCUUGCUGCGAAGAGCUGGCCUGAGAAGGUCAGCUACAUCGGCAUCGGGCCCUUUGUCCUCGGCUUGUUCAUUUUGACCAUCGGCGCCAUGACUUCCGACCAUGAGAUGAUCCAGACAGGGAAUGGCAGGGUCAACACAAUCGUGUAUCAACCCUGGGCCCAGGUUGCCUUCAUCUUGAUGGGCAUUGGAAUGAGCCUGUUGCUUGUGUCGGCCUGUUACCGCUGUGCAACCGGCCAUAGAGGACAUGCUCCGCCGGCUGUUGCCAUGGCGACUCUGCCCGGGGGCUCUCCACCAGCCUACGCAGGAGGUGCGUUGCCCUCGCCCGUCGUGGGCUCUCCCCCAGACUACACAGGAGGUGCAUUGACCUCGCCGGUCGUGAUGGCCCAGGUGGUGGGAACUGGGGAUAGCAAUCAGCAGCGGCCAUUUUCCAUCAACCGAGACCUUCACUUCAGCUGGCAAAAGGGACUAGGCGCUGGGCGGAAUGUUGAAGUUACUGACUUUCCCACGGUGACCUGGAGUUCUCAAAUCUUGCAAGAUGGGGCGGAGCUGAGACAAGCAAUCUUGGACCGGAAGGAAAGCGACUCGAUUGGAGCCUGGGAUGUGUCAGCAGUGACAGACAUGAGUGCUCUUUUCAAGGGACUCGCCAGCUUUAACGAAGACAUCAGCCAGUGGAACACAUCCUCUGUCAUCAACAUGUCCGACAUGUUUUCGGGCGCAAGCGCCUUCAAUCAGACAAUUGGAGCCUGGGACACGUCAGCUGUUCUUGACAUGAGAUCCAUGUUCCGAGGAGCAAGUGUCUUCAACCAGCCUCUUGGUGCCUGGGACACAUCAGCCGUCGGUGACAUGAGCGGGAUGUUUUAUGGCGCGAGGGCCUUCAACCGGUCGAUUGGCGCAUGGAACACUUCGGCAGUCACCAACAUGAGUUUCAUGUUUAGAACGGCUGCUGCCUUCAAUCAGCCUAUUGGUCUCUGGGAUACAGCAUCCGUCAAAGACUUGCGUGGAAUGUUUUUGGGAGCUUUAGCUUUCAACCAGCCAAUUGGCCUCUGGAACACCUCGUCAGCCACGGACAUGAGUAUGAUGUUCUAUGGCGACGAUCCAGACUCCAUCGUUUUCACUCGUCAUCUUUUCAACCAGCCGAUUGGCUCUUGGGACACUCGGGCAGUUCGAGACAUGAGCCGAAUGUUUUGCCGAGCUAAAGAUUUCAAUCAGGCGGUUGGCUCAUGGAACACUUCAGCAGUCACCGACAUGAGCUUCAUGUUUGCUGAUACGGCAAACUUUAACCAGCCUAUUGGCGACUGGGACACUGCAGAAGUGGUGAACAUGCGGGGGAUGUUUUCUGGUUCGAUGUUCAACCAGCCCAUCGGACGCUGGAACACAUCAGCAGUCACGGAUAUGAGCUCCAUGUUUGAAGAUGCUCGAGUGUUUAACCAGUCGCUUGACCCAUGGGACACUUCUGCAGUGACCACGAUGAGAAGCAUGUUCCAGGCGGGUGUCAAUGGCCAGGCGUUCAAUCAGCCGAUCGGCUCCUGGAACACAUCCGCCGUCACUGACAUGAGCUCCAUGUUUGAAGAUGCGAAGGAAUUCAACCAGCCAAUUGGCAAUUGGGACACCUCGUCAGUGAGAUCCAUGGAAGACAUGUUCCAAAGUGCUGUCGCCUUCAACCAGCCGAUUGGCUCCUGGAACACGUCAGCCGUUGUUAGCAUGCGGUUCAUGUUCUACUCCCCUGGUCGAAAAGCGGCAUUCAAUCAGGACAUCGGCUGUUGGGAUACCUCGGCUGUAAGGAGGAUGGAGGGAAUGUUCUACAACUGUGCGUUUUUCAACCAACCUCUUGGCUCUUGGGACACGUCCGCGGUGGUGUCCAUGUGGGAGAUGUUCGCCUUUGCAAGUGCCUUCAACCAACCCAUCGGCUCCUGGAACACCUCGAAAGUGCGGACGAUGAGGCAGAUCUUCCGGGGAGCAAAGGCCUUCAACCGGCCCAUCGGCGCUUGGGACACGUCGAACGUGCUCUCCAUGACUGAAAUGUUCAAGGGUGCCGAAGCCUUCAACCAGCCCGUCGGCUCUUGGAAUACGUCAGGCGUAGUUUACAUGUCCUCCAUGUUCGAGUUUGCAGAGGCCUUCGACCAGCCCGUGGGCGCCUGGGACACGUCGGCCGUUAGGGACAUGAGCUCCAUGUUUGACAACGCAGAGGCCUUCAACCAGCCCCUCGGCCUCUGGAACACCUCAAGUGUCACCGACGUGGGCGCCAUGUUCAAGGGUGCCCGGUCCUUCAAUCAGCCGAUUGGCUCUUGGGAUGUGGACCAAGCCAAAGGUGCAUCCAACCUGGUGAACAACCUCUCGCCUUGCGUCAGGUUGUCUGUGCUCCGGGCAUGGGGCUCCUUGGUGACAAACCCCUCGGCGUGGAAGGGCGCGAAGUGCGGCAGUUGCCCCUGCCCGAGGGACGAGGCCUGUGUGGAUGGUAUGUGUGCCCCUGUGAACAGCGGCUUCGUUGAUCUUGGGCUUGCGCGCUGGGGCAACGGUUCUGGGGAGGUCUCGAGAGGAGCUUUGGGAUUCCGCGGCUGCGCCGCGGCAUGUCAGGAGCAAGGUGAAUGUUCGGGCUUUCGGCUGGAAGGGCCGGGCUGCUUCCUGCGCUCUUCCUCGGACCCGUUCGAGAAAGAUGGAGAAGGUGAGGAGUGGGCCUUCCAGAAGCACACCUGCGCGACCUUCACCUGUCCGCCCGGCAGCAGGCAUGUCCCAUCCGGCAUCACGUCCGUGAGUGAGGCCCAAUGCUGCAGCUGCACCACGCCGGGCUGGUUCCAGGACUUGGCGGCCGCUCCGGCGCUGAAGUGCCAGGCCUGCCCCGCAGGAAGGGCCCCCGCUGGAAACGGGAGCGCCUGCGACGUGUGCGCCCUGGGCCACUACGCAUGGAGAGCAGCCCCGAGCUGCGCCCCGUGCGGGCCCGGCACGAUCCCGACCUCCAGCCGUGUUGCCUGCACAUCCUGCCCGGCCGGCAAGUUCUCACCUGGCGCUGUGGACGUAUGCCAGGAGUGCUCCUUCCCUUUCGUGAUCCUUGCCGACUACGACUGCAUCUGGUGGCACCUGCCGCUGCUUGCAGUGGGUCUUGCAGCCAUCUUCUUGGCCGGCCGGUUUCUCGCCCAUGCAGCCGCGAAGCGACGCCUUCGCAAGAAACAGAAGUGGGAGGCGGCCGUGGCCAAAUUGUGCGACUCCUUUCGGGGGGAGCUGUGGGAUGAAACGCCUUCUCUCGUCAGCAACUUCACGUCGGCCAUGGGGAGCCUGGGCAUCGGCUGCGAGGAGGUCGCUGCCAGGGUCGCCGAGAUGCGGGCAGAGCAGAGUGCCAGCGCGGGCGUGAGCAUGCGCUACCUGCUCUCGCGGGAGUUCCAGGAGCUCGCUCGUGAGCGGACGUCCUUGGAUGAUCCAAGCUUCGAGCAGAUGAAAGCACCUUUCUGGUUCGGCCCAGACCCUAUCGGAGUUGACGUCCCGUGCCCGCGUGACGGAAGACCCGGAUGCGCGUUGGUGGAUUGGAUCCCCCGGGCAGAUCGCCGACAGCAGACGCAUUUCAUGUCCUGGGUUUGGCGAUACCGGAUCAGCCAAGUGCGCAGCGCGCUGCAGGUCUGGCAAGCUCACGCGUCCAUCGUUCCCCACGAGGUGUUCUUCUUCAUGUGCUUCUUCGUGAACAAUCAGCAUAGGAUCCUGGUUGAGCAGACGCAGUGCGGCAGCGACGACUUAGGGGAGGUCUUUCGGAGCAACCUCCUUCGCUGUGGCCAGAUGGUGGCGGUCCUCGACACGUGGCAGGAGCCCUUGUACCUUCGCCGUAUUUGGACGAUCUACGAGCAGCACGUGGCCUCCUCCCUGCACAUCCCGACAACUUUCCUCAUGCCAGAAACUUCAACGGCCUCGCUGGGCUGCGAGGAGGAGUGA